AUGCAAGCUGGAGAUGUUGUUAUGAGUGCACCAGGAGCAGAUUUCUUGAUUCGGCAGAUGCAACAGAUCAGGACAGCUAAUGGCGACGUGAUCCAGUUGAUGAGGCAACUUGAAGGGUCCCAAUGGAACAUGGUAGCCAUAAGCAACAUUGAGCAGGUGCAACAAAAUCUCGAAGGGCUUCGCAUAGAGGCGGAGCGCCGAACGAAUAUACUUGCGACAGGCUUAACUACGGCUGUAGCGGGAAUUGAUCAGCUACGGGAGGCUGCAGUGCAGAGCAAUCAAGUGUAUGAUCUGUUGGGUCAGCGUGUGACUGAGUUGACAGAGGGCGUGAAACAUCUUGUUCAGCGAGUCGAUGGCAUCGAGGGACAAGUGUUUCUCCAUGAGGCGAUGAGCCAAAGAUUGAAUGAGCUGAAUGACCGCGUGCUCAGAUUGGAGUCCCUGGGUUUAGCUAGUGGCGAUGCCGAGAGGGAAACCUUCAUGAAGCAGAAUAAACUUGAAUCAGACAAGCUGUGGUUGAGGAUUCUUGAUUUACAAGAGGUCGUUCAGAAACUCGAGUCCAGACCUCGUGUUGAUGAGAGUGAACGAUCAAAGGAGCUUGCAUCGGUCAUGGCACGAAUUGUGGAAACUGAACGGAUUUGCAAACAGCUGCGAGCGAGAGAUGAGGAGAUCCAAGGUCACCUUAGCCAUAUCUUGAGCCGUGAAACAAAGACAGAUCCUCCAGUACCAGAGCGUGCGCAUGAGGUGCAAGAUAAUGGACCUAGCGGGGUCCAAACAUUCAACAUGGCGAGUGGGACGCCACUCCAGGAUGAAGCGGAUGAUGAUCGAGACCAGUGGUGGGAUGCUUUUGAUGAGAAGCCGAUCAAGGAUUGGUUUGGGAACCCACCUGGGCUGACUAACGGUACAUGGGCACCAAGUGCUCCACCUCCAGCCUUACCUCGUGAGUUCGUAGAGGCAGAUACAUCUUUGACUGUAAGUCAAGCAUUGCAGUUGGAGCCCAAAGAUCUGCGCGUUCAAGGUGGUCAGUGGAAAUUGAUGAAGGAGUUUCCAAAGAUUCUUGAUCCACGUGGGCAGGCAUGGGAACGAGGCCUUCAGUUUUCACAGUAUGCCACUGAGAUGGUGUCAGUUGCGUCGUGUAUCGGCACGGGCUUCGGAAAGUUCGUUAGGCACCAAAUCGAUACUGCAUUGGGGCGUUUCCAACGAUGCAUGGAUGCCGGAGUUCAUGACCCCGACGUCCCUCCAGUUGCAAGCGGUUGUGAAGAGUUUGAGAGUAGGUUGGCCAUGACUUUGCUUUCCCAGACGAGUGACGAUAUUAAGCGAGGUGUGAUUGAAUCUGCUGCGGGUCAAGUGGUUCCUUCUUUGACGAUCUUAGAGGCCAUUCUUGAGCGCUACCAGCCCGGUGGCAUCGAGGAGAAAUCAAGCUUGACAUCAUUCUUGAGGAACCUACCGCAGGCGGGUACAUUCACUGAGUGUUUGGCAACACUUAGAAGGUUGAAGCUGGCCACAUCAAGGAUUCUUGUUCUUGGAUUGCCGAGCCAUCCCCCACAUGAAGCUAUUUCUUCCCUUAACAACAUGGUGCGAACUUUGGAAAAGAAGAGUCCCACCUUGAGUACACGCUUGAAUCUGCUUCGACUUCGCCCUGAGAUCUUGAAUCCCACCGAGGAGGGAGUGAGUCUCCUACAGACGGCAAUUGAGGCGGAAGCGCGACGGCUUGAAGCAGAGGAGUUCUCCAAGCCACAUCAUGCCAAGGGGGACACCAAGUUCACUCCAUGCGCAUUCUUCAACACCGAGCGGGGCAACUCUUCUCCUUCAGAGCUUUCUGAGCUGAAUAGUGUUGACAGCGGCGACUCAACCCCGAGCGAGUUUGGGGAUGAGUCUCAGGAGGAGAGUGAUGAUGAUCAGGUUGCAUGGAUCUGGAGCUUACGCUUGACGGGUUUGGAAUGGAGAAUGUGGACUAGCCCGGGUAACAUUGUCAUUAAGGCUCACGCGGAGUUUGAACACAUCGACGAUUAUCACAGAGUUGAGCAUGGAGCAUGGCAUUUGCAAAGGGCAGGUCAGCUAGAUGAGCUUCCAGCUGUGUUGAAUGAUGAAUGGACUGUCACAGCUGUGCACACUGUAUGGGCUUUGGAUCCAGUCACAAGGGUCUUCAAGAGGGCCGAGGCUUUUGAGCUUGAGCGUGUUGAUGAUCAGAGCAAACUUCGCUUUGUGGUUGCAGUGGAAAGAAAUCGACCGUACGUGGAGCCAUGGACCGAGGAUGCAUGGGUUAGCGAGUGCUUGAGAUUUGGCUUUGGUGCUCCCAACGCUUUCAUUCAGGAAAGGAUUCCGCUCGAGUCCAUGUUGAUUGGCCACGGGUUUGAUCACUUAGCUGAGGUUCUGGGUUUACUGGGUGCCGAGUAUGCUGAUGAUCUUACUGUUUUGGGUCCUCAAGACUUGAUUGACAACGGAGUUCCGCGGCAGAUUGCCGAGGAUUUCUUUCAGCAUGGAGGUGUCAUGUCUGAGGCGUACACCCCGAUCGGGGCCCAGAGAGUUCGGAUGAAUGAAGACCGUAUUGAGGAGCUUGCAUUCUCUCUUUAUGCUUCGUGGCAGGCUGGGGAUCCGGUGAGUGAUGAAGAGUACAAUGCUGAAGUUCAGCAAAGAUUUCACGGCAUGAUACGUAGGCGGCGCCAGGGUGCCGCAAACAUGUGUUGUGUAUCGGGCAAUCGUGCUGAGAGUGACGGGUUUGUUCUUGUUGACAGUGGGGCAAAUGAAGUGCUUCGUCCACAGACCAAACAACAGCCUGCAGUAGAUGAGAAAACGCUUCAGGUCACUCUUGCAUCAGGUUCGCAUUGCACGGCCACUUUGAACAAGCACGGAGAGGUGUGCAUGAUAUCCGAGAAUGGGGCGAAGGGAGAGUGGAUCGUGGGAGUGAGGAAGAUCAUUGACAUUGGAGGGGCAUUCAAUUGGGACCAGAAGGGCGCUAGGAUAUCAUAUCCCCAUCCUUUUGAGCAUGGCAGGAUUGUGACCGUUGAUUGCAUCGUUACCAAUGGUUUGCCGUACAUGCGAUGGUCUGAUUUCAAACUCGCGCGCAUUGCACUCAGCAAACAUUACCGGAAGCAGCAGAAGGGCACUUGUAGCCACAAGGCCACCGCAUGCAACCCCGAAGAACCUUCCAUUCCUCCCGAAAGCCAGGUCGUUGACUGGGUUGAUGUUUUGGAGUUUCAGGAGGAUGCUGUGCGUAAGGCUUGCCGAGAAGGAUUGUAUGAUAAGAAGAAUCAUGCCAGCAUCCAAGCGAGAGGCCAUCGUCGGCCCCACAGGAAGCUAUCUGCGAAAGACGUUAGCGACGGAGUGAUUUCAAUAGACUUGAGUGGACCGCACAAGCAAUCCUUUGCAGGGAAUCGCUAUGCAUUGGUUGCAUGUGCACACAUCGCUGAAGGUCUUGAUCUGCCUUUUGUGCGAGGGAUUCGCACUAAGGAGGCAGCAGUUGUGACAGAGGCUUUGCGAGACAUCUUGAAUCAGUUGGUGUCCAUGGCUGAAGGGCAACAGAUCACUUUCCGGAUUCAUUCUGAUCAGGGUCGUGAGUUCACUGCUCGUCUGUCCGCUGAACAGCUUAAGACUUACAAUCAUUACCGAACUUUCGCGGUCCCCUAUUCACAUCAAUCGAACGGACGAGUAGAGAACUUGAUCGACCAACUGAAAACAUCAACUGCCUCUAUGCUCCUAGGCGGUAAGCUGGAUUUGAGAUUCUGGGAUGAGCUAAUGGUUCAUGCUGCAAAGCUCCGGCGCAUGAGAGCGCUGAACAUGAAGAUUCCCAGAGAUCUUCCUGCUCCAGGCGAUUACGUAUUGUCGCGACUACCUAGGGAUCAGAUGCCUGAUUUUCGGGAUCGCACGGAACCCGGAAUCUUCUUGGGUCUUUCGGAGCAUGUGGCAAACGGGUCCAAGGUGUUGGUUGAGCGUGAUGGGCGUGUCCUUGUUCGGUAUGCUCGACUGCCGAUUCUUCUUGAUAAGGAGAAACCACGAUGGAGACUCGUAGAGAAUCCUGGUAGCGAUCAGAAAACAUGGAUUUCGGACAAAGGGCAGAUUGCAUGGGCUGCACCAUCUGAUGCAGACAUCCUCACGGUGGAGGAGAAGCUAGGAUACCACAUCGCGAGCCCGGAUGAGGUGUUCGUGAAGCUGAACAAUCUACUUGAGAAGACUCGAGGGUCUGAGGUAGAAAAGGAGAUCUUCAACUUGUUCAGCCAUGGUAUCAUCGCUCAGCUACCGGAGGUUGCCGAAGCCCAUAUGCUCAGGAUGCAAAACAUCAACGAGGAGACUCAGGAGUUGAUUGCACCUGACAAGUCCGAGAAGUACAUCACAAGAACAGAAGAGGAUGAGCGUGAAACGGAUGAGAUCUUUCAGAGCUUAUUGCAUGAAGCGCAGCAGCGGCGGGGAUCAGCAGAAGUGGUACCAAAUUCUGUCUUGACAGGAGAACAUGCUGAACAGUGGAUUGGAGCAGUCAGAAAAGAGAUGACAAGUGUAGAAACCAAAGAAGUUCUGAUGCCCAUUCGCGUAGGUCAUGAAAGAGAAGACUUGCAAUUGAAGGAUGAUGAGGAGAUUCCUCGAACUAUACCCAUGAAGCUGGUGUUAUCCGAAAAACCAGUAGAACCUGGCAGCACUGAGAAAGGCAUUGACAACCAAGGGUUUCUCGCGAAAGCGAGGUUGGUAGCUUGCGGAAAUUUCCAAAACAAUGAGUUCGCAAAGGACGAGCUAUCAACGGAGAACGUCCCAUCUUGGAUAGUGCGUACAAUGUACCACAAGCUUGCUCAGGAACCAAUGUGGGUGGCAGGUGCGGCAGAUAUAUCGACAGCAUUCCUCAAUACGGAGUUGAGGCGAGGAGAAGCGCCACUUCUUGAUCCACCAGCGGUAAUGAAGAAGUUAGGUUUGGUGGAAAAGGGGGUUAAAUUCCUCCCGCUGAAAGCGCUGUAUGGGCUUCGGAUUUCGCCUAAGGAGUGGGCAAAAGACAGAGACUCAACCUUGAAUGGGAGCGUUCUUGAGCCUCGUGAAGGAGAUAAGAUGCCAGCAGCACGACUUGAACCCCUUGAUAUUUGCGAGGGCCUUUGGAGGCUGGUGAAUGUUGCAUCGGGAGAAGUGAUGGGAUUACUGACCUUGUACGUGGACGACGUACUGGUUGUAGCAUGCUCUGAAAUGGUAUCGCGAUGUCUGGAGUUUAUUGGUCAGAAAUGGGCAUUGAAACUUCAGGGAUUUGUUAGCCGUGCAGCGUGUGACAUCACAUGUGGAAGUUUGGGGCAACUGGAACGUAAGACGGAGCUCGUCUUCCUUGGAGUGCAAAUGGGAUUUAACGCGGAGGGCGAUGUGAUCAUCAAUCAACGCGCGUGGAUUCUACAGGAGCUCCAUCGUCGACAAUGGUUGCACCUUAAGGGUUGUGCAGCUUUACCGCAGCUUGAGCUUGACGACGAUGAGGUCAAGGACGAGGCCUAUGAACAGAAUAAGCUUGAGUGUCAGCGAGAAUUAGGCACACUUUUGUGGGUGAGUACGCGGUCGAGGCCUGACAUAGCCAGCACGGUGGGGAUUUUGGCAUCAACUCAUAGACCAAAGCGGGUUUUGCAGUUGAUUCGCCAUGUGUGGCGAUACAUCCGUGGAACAUUGGACGUUUGCCUUACCUACAAGGCGCAGAAAGACAUCAAGGAGUUCACAUGUUUCAGUGACGCAUCAUUCGCACCAACAGCUGGAAGAUCGCGAUCGGGCAUGGUGUAUAUGAUAGGAACUAGCAUCAUAGACUGGGCGUCUGCAAAACAAACGCUGACAGCAUGGUCGGCGACGGAGGCCGAAACCGUCGCGAUGUCAGAAUGCCUGAGCCAGGGCGGGCGGAUGCAGAAUGCAGUAAAUCUGCUGGUUGGAAUGACGCUCCCCAUCACACUUCGGUGCGAUAAUGCGGCGGCGAUUAUCUUAGCACUUCGAGAGACAUUUCAACCACUAAAAUGGAAAACACGUGGAGUAGCUCUUCGGGCUAGCUGGUUACGGGAUUCCAUUCGGGAUCUGGAAGCUGGGGUCAUUCAUGAGCCGGGGGAAACUCUGGUAGCAGAUCUGCUUACGAAGACUCUCCCACGAGUUCGGCUGCAAACUCUCAGAGAGAAGGCUGGACUUCUUGAGCGAACGUGA